AUGGCCCAUGAAGGAGAAGCAGCCCCUCAGAUCUCCAGAGUCCAGGAUAAAGGAUGGGCCUGGGUGGUCUUAGGAGCCACUGUGCUGGCUCAAGGCCUUUCGUUGGGCUUUCCUUCCUGCAUCGGGGUCUUCUUCAAAGAUCUGCAACGUGAUUUCCAAGCUAGCAACAGUGAGACGUCAUGGUUCCCCUCCAUCAUGACCGCUGUGCUGCAUGCGGGCGGGCCCCUCUGCAGCAUUGUGGUGGAGCGAUUUGGCUGCCGGACUGCUGUCAUGUUGGGAGGCCUCCUCAGUGGGGUGGGCAUGGUGGCCAGCUCAUUCUCCCAAACCAUUAGCCAGCUGUAUGUAACAGCUGGAUUUAUCACCGGACUAGGGGCAUGUUUUAGUUUCCAGGCAGGAGUCACUGUGCUUGGCUAUUAUUUUACUCGCCGGCGAGCUCUGGCUAAUGCGCUGGCCUCCACUGGUGUCUCCAUGGGUUUCACACUGUGGCCACUGCUCUCCCAGUACUUGCUUGAUGAGAUGGGCUGGAGAAACACUUUCUUUGUGUUUGGAGGAGUCAUGUUGAACUGCUGCGUUUGUGGGGCUGUGAUGAGACCAUUAUCAGCCAAAUUGCCUGCCCUGUCACUGAAGUCCAGUCCUGGACAUUUAGCUGAGGAUGUACAUUUAUCCAAUGGAAACACCUUGAGUCAUGAGGUGCACCUGCGUCGAUCCAGGUGUGACUCUUGCAUCCAGACACUGCAGAAGUACCUGGCUUUUGAUGUCUUCUGCAAGAACAAAGGCUACAGGAUCUACACCAUUGGAGUGGCCUGGAUGGUGAUGGGUUUUGUGUUGCCUAUGAUCUAUCUGGUGCCCUAUGCUGUCUUGAAUGGAGUGGAGGAGCGCAAGGCAGCCCUCCUCAUCUCCAUCAUUGGAUUCAUUAACAUCUUCAUGCGCCCCAUGGCAGGCCUGCUCUCUGGACUCAAGAUCUUCACUGGCCGGAGGAUCUACCUCUUCAGUGUGGCUGCAGCGUUCAAUGGCCUGAGCAACCUCAUCUGUGCUAUCUCCACUGAAUAUAGUACUCUUGUCCUCUACUGUGUGGUCUACAGCAUCUCCAUGAGUGUCCUUGGUGCACUUAUCUUCCAAGUGUUAAUGGAUGUGGUAGAAAUGAACAGGUUCUCCAGUGCCUUGGGCCUUUUCACCAUCUUGGAGAGUAUCACCAUUCUCAUUGGGCCCCCUCUUGCAGGUCUUCUUGUGGACCUUACAGGCCAUUUUAGAUAUGUCUUCUACACUUCCAGCUUCUUCAUGGUGACAGCAGCUCUGUUCAUGGGGUUUAGCUUUUGCACCAUGACAGCAAAGAAUAAAUCGAAAGAGUCUCAUAAACCAACUCCUGAGAACACUUCCCGGGGCAAAUAUACAGAAGUGCCAACAGAAUUGGGGCCUGAGAAGAAUGGAUCUCCUGCAGUCAUUUAUGUGACCAGCAUCUGA